AUGAAGUCUGUUCUGUUUCUUGCCUUACCGUGUGCACACGCAUUGAGCUCACUAUUUGUCGAUACCUCUUCGGGACUAGUUCAAGGCACCAUCGAUGCUAUCACCCCAAAUGUCGUACAAUUUCUAGGAGUCCCGUACGCGGAACCGCCAGUUGGUGCAAGACGCUGGCUACCCUCGCUGCCACGAGUUCGAGAAGGCGGAAAGGUACUCAAUGCCACGCACUUCGGCCCUUCAUGCCCACAGUACUAUACCAACAAGUCAACAACAUGGCUCACCGAUGCCUCGGAAUUCAACAUCGAACCCCGGGAAUACCAAUCAGAAGACUGUUUGUCGGUCAAUAUCUGGGUGCCAUGGCUGCGUGAGACGGCUCCUGAACGCUCACCAAAACUGCCAGUGAUUGUUUGGAUUCAUGGUGGAUCUUUCCAAACUGGAGGAGCAUCAGCACCAUACCACAACCCAAGCCGGUGGGUCGAAAGGAGCAGAGAGCACAUUGUAGUCGCUAUUAACUAUCGACUGAACAUAUUUGGGUGGCCAAAUGCAAAGGGUCUACGGUCUAAUGAGCUGAACUUAGGCUACCUAGAUCAGAGACUCGCUCUGGAGUGGGUACAGGGCAACAUUCAUGCGUUUGGGGGCGACUCCAACAGGAUCACUCUCUGGGGUCAAUCUGCAGGUGCAGUAUCCGUCGACAGUUACAAUUUCGCCUAUCCUCAUGAUCCCAUUAUCUCUGGACUUAUCCUGAGCUCCGGCACAGCCCAGUCAGUGGUGCAAUUUGGGUCCCCAAAUUUCACGGCUGUUGCGGAGAACUUUAAUUGCGGGGACCAAAACGCUACUGCCGAGCUUAAAUGUAUGCAAGAUGUGCCAUUCCCAGACAUCAUCGCCUUUCUCAGGCAACGUCUCCACAACGGGACUAUUCCGAGUUUUUCGUUCACGCCGGUCGUUGACAAUCGCACGUCCUGGGCCAAUCAUACGACUCGAGUAUUGUCUGGGAAUUUCAUUCGCAAGCCUGCCAUCAUCGGUACAACAGUGAAUGAGUGGGGUCCGUUCCUUCCCUACAAUCAGACAUUUGGACCCAAUCAGACACUGGCAGAUGAAGGCACCUUGAGAGUGUUCCUGUGUCCUUCGGUUCUCACCACACACGAACGAUUCGCGGGCGGUAAUCAGACAACAUUCAGAUACCUGUAUGGAGGCAAUUUCUCCAACAUCGCACCAAGAUGGUGGCAGGGUGCAUAUCAUUCGGCCGACUUGCCUUUGGUUUUCGGAACCCAUGAUAUUGCAAGAGGUGACUCGACGCCUCUCGAAAUAGCAGUCAGCCAGCAGAUGCAGGACUACUGGUUAGCAUUCGCAAAGGAUCCCGAGAAUGGAUUACCAGAAAGAGGAUGGCGGGGCUAUAGUGGAAAGUCAGAUGGUACGAGUGCACUUUUUGGAUGGGAUGAUGAAGCCAUUCAGCCUCUAGCAGACAGUGAUUUGGAGUCGGCCUGCGAUGAAGGGAUUCCUAAUGGGAAGCCAAAGCCUCCGAAAGCUUGA